CGCAUCCGAAACCUCAUGCUGCUUUUGAGACAGAUACACUACUGAAGGAUCAGUGCUGCGUGGACAGUAUUUUCCUUUUCAUAGGACGCCAAUCUGCUUUUUUCAAAUAUAUAAUUUUGUUUAUAAGUGAUACAUGCAGUCUUAUCUUUCUGUCGCCUUGGAUGAAGCACAGCUGGAUGUCCUUGGGCAGCGGGUAGAAAAGAAGUCCCUGACGUUUUUGGAGAGGGUGAAGACACAGUGUUGGUGUUCUGGUCCAAGGCUGAAGAGCAUUCUGCUGGGCUUUCUUCCUGUCCUGUCAUGGCUGCCUCACUACUCCAUCAAAGAAAACGCCAUCAAAGACGUGGUAUCUGGAGUCAGUGUUGGGAUCAUGCAUCUGCCGCAGGGCAUGGCCAACGCCAUGUUGGCAGGAGUUCCUCCAGUGUUUGGUCUGUACAGCUCUCUCUAUCCUCUGAUCAUCUACUUCAUAUUCGGCACUUCCAGACACCUCUCCAUCGGAACUUUUGCCGUCCUGGCCAUCAUGAUUGGGUCUGUGACGGCUAACGUGGAGUUGCUAAGCAACGGCAUUGAAGAGAGUCAGGUUGAUAUGGAAGCAGCCAAAGUGAAUGUGGCUGUGCAACUCACCUUCCUUUGUGGCCUCAUACAGCUCCUGCUUUACCUGCUGCGUGGCGGUGGUGUGUGUCGCUGGUUGUCCGAUCCUCUUAUUAGAGGCUACACCACAGCAGCAGGCCUGCAUGUGAUCGCCCUUCAGCUGCCACUGAUGACUGGAAUACCUGCACAGAGAUACACUGGACUGCUUGCUUCAGCUUGGACUUUAAAGGAUGUUCUGAACGGAGUAACCAGCGCUGUACCAGGAACUCUGUCAGUCUCCUUGGUUUCUAUGAUGAUACUCAUUGGAGGCAAGAUGCUGAAUGAGCGCUUUAAGAACCAGCUGCCUGUCGCUAUACCAUGGGAACUUAUACUGAUUGUCCUCGGCACGAUCCUGUCAGUGCAGAUGGAUCUGGCUGGACAGCACAGAGUCCAGGUGGUGGGACACAUACCCAGUGGCCUGUCUUCCCCAGUUCUUCCGUCGUUGUCGCAGGCCAGAGAGCUGUUCAUUCCAGCUCUGUCUGUCGCUCUGGUUGGCUUCAGUUUCCUCUCAGCCAUGGGCUCAGUGUUUUCCCACAAACAUGGCUACCCCGUGGACUCCAGUCAGGACCUGCUGGCUCUGGGUCUGUGUAACACCGUAGGAGGAUUGUUCCAGUGCUUCGCUGUCAGCUGCUCCUUCUCUCGCAGUAUGGUCCAGGAUAGUAUCGGUGUCAAAUCACAGAUGGCAGGUUUGGUAUCAGCUCUGGUGAUUCUAACCAUUUUGUUGGAGAUCGGUCAUCUCUUUGAGCAGUUGCCAAAGGCAGUGUUGGCAGUGAUCAUCGCUGUGAACCUGCAGGGGAUAGUGGCUCAGAUCAAAGAUGUGUGUGUGCUCUGGAAGUCUGACAGAUUAGACCUGCUGGUGUGGGUCACAUCAUUGAUUUCUACCCUGGUCUUUAAUCUGGACCUGGGUCUGGCUUUGGCAACUGUCUUCUCUCUGGUCAUAUUCAUCUACAGGACACAACACUCCUCCACUGUUGUUUUGGGUCGUAUUCCUGGUACAGACUGUUACAGAGAUGUGGGACUCUACACUGAGGCGAUGCAAGUUCCUGGCAUGACUAUACUCUCCUGUUCCAGUCCGAUUUACUUUGCCAACUCUGAGCUGAUCUUCACAGAGAUCAGAGAGACAGUGAGUCGUGAUCAGAAGGAGAACCCAGCUGGAGCCCAUACCUCUUCCUCCUCUCCCUCCUCCUCAGCCCAGUUACUGACACACACUCAUUGCUUGGUUCUGGACAUCAGCUCCGUCAAUUUCGUGGACUCUGUGGCCAUGACAGCACUUCGCAAGCGUGCGUGCGUGCGUGCGUGCGUGCGUGCGUGCGUGCGUGUCCAUCUGUGUGGGGUGUGUGCUAUUCAACAGGUUGUAGAGGACUUGGGAGUCCAGGGUGUCAGUGUGUUUCUGGCAGCGUGCCCAGAUAGAGUUUUAUUCCAGCUCCAGACUCAGGGUUGUAUACCGGAUAGUCUACCCAGCUCAUGUCUCUUCCCAUCAGUCCAUCAUGCUGUUCAGAGAUGCCUCAGCACCCUGCCCAGGCCUCUGGAGGAAAUCAACCCAAACGUGACUGAAUGUUGAACCUACAACUCGCCUGGUGCUUUUAAACAGGACUAUAAUCUUACUGUAACAAGAAGACAGGCAGAACUUCUUGAGGUAAUAGUCCAAUUUUUAAGGUGGCGGACAGAAC